AUGCCAGCUCAAUGGCAGUCGCGUCAGAGCCGUGAGCGGGUAGCCAUGAACCACAGCAUUCCUGGCAAAUCCAACACAGUCGUGGUGUUUGAAUGGCAACCUAAUGAUGAGUUUGGCAGCUUUUGUCAAUGCAUCCGUCUCACAAAGGCUGAGAUACCGAUGACUUGGAUGUCGUAUAGCAAAUCUACCAGGGUAUAUGAUUCAUUCCGUAACGAGUGGGACUUGUGCGAUGCAUUGGAUCUUACCAGCGUUCCCGAUGGCAAUUGGGAGGAAGAUGAUUUCCUGCCUGCGUCUGCUCCUUCUGAACCUGCCCCUGCCCCCCCUGCCCCUCCACCACUCUUGUCCAGUUUCUUGAAAGACACUGAAGCCUACUUCGGUCAUUAUGAGGUUGCACCCUCUACGCAAUACACUUGUAGUGUUGAGCAAUUUGUCUCAAUUUUGCAUUUUCAUCUCGGAUAUCGCCUUGCAGCAUCCACCACUACACCCCGAGGCAGAUCGACUACAUUCGAUGAUUGGACUCGCAAGACACAGUGGACUCAUUUAUGCAGACUUGUCGGCGACAACCCCACGAAUAUCACGUCAAUUCCAGAUGCACAGAAGCAUGUUAUCACAUGUUUUAUAGGUUACCUCGUCACCCUCCCUCAAUCUCAGUUGUCAGACAUCCCGCCCGAUCUCUGGGAUCUAGGACCUGACUCGUCCCUGUCAGUCUUGAACGCACACAUUCGAGUUUCCUAUGUGCAACAACCCAAGCAGUGGCUCUACAUCAUCGAGUCACUGUUGUCAAAUCUGGUGCCCUGGAAACUGGUGGUUCCCGACACUAUUACGGCUGUGAUGUGCCUCCGGCGUGACUGGGGCUCAGAUAUCACCAAGAUCGCGCGUAACCUCCUUGAAAAAGGAAUGGCUAUAAAGACGUUGCAGCCAAUCUCAGUUCCGCCUCACGCUUGA